CGUGUCCUGCAGGAUGGAGGAUGUUCAGUUGUACCUGUUAUUUCCUCUCCACUCAGUCUGGUUCUUGGGAAAAAGCCAGAGAGGACUGCAGAGCCAGAGGAGCAGAUCUGGUGAUCAUAGACAGUCCUGAGGAGCAGACGUUUCUUUCUGGAUUCAUCUCUACAUUCACUUGGAUCGGUUUGAGUGACAGAGAGGAGGAGGGGGUCUGGAAAUGGGUGGAUGGAACUCCACUGAACCUGACGUACUGGGCAGUAAAGCAGCCUGAUAAUGGUGGUGGAGACCCAAAGUGGGGUGAGGAGGACUGCGCACAUCUCGGACAUGAUGGGAGCGCACAUCUCACACAUGAUGAGAGCGCACAUUGGAAUGAUCUGUCGUGUGGUUCUCGCUUGCGGUGGAUCUGUGAAGAAAUGGCAUGACACUGUUAAAUAUGCUUUUAAAGUGUGAGCUUUGAUAAAGCAAAGCUUUUUUAGUAAAGACUGCUCUUGUAUGUUUGUUAAAAAACGUAGCUCUGCGUAUGUGUUUGACUCUGCUGAAGACUAUACUGUAUAUAUUCCAAUGUCAGACUUUUCACUUUCUAACAUUGCAGCUUUAGGAUAAUAAAGAAUAACAAAAAGAAAACAUACAUAAUUAUCCAAAGUAAUGUUUUUGGCUGGACCUGCCACGGUGCAGCGCGACAUUCCUUGAACGUCCGUGAGAGAGUGUUGGAGGCCGUAACACCUUCAAAAUGAUUUGGCACGAACAUUUUCUCUUACGUCAUCAGGAUUGGUUUACAGCCGAUCCACAACAGUUUCGGUUCACACUGUGGCUUCAUAUGACAUGUCGCACUCCGAGGAAGUUCUGCGCGUCUUCUCUCUUAACUUGCUGCAAGAUGAAUUUGGGCAUUAAACUGAAAACUGCUUCUAAUUUGGUGCAUUUGACAAGUAGAUAACUUUUUGAAUUCAGUGUUUGGAUUAUGUUUUUUUUUCUCAUAAAAUAUUUGUAGUUCUGUGAGAAAUUGUGCGUUUCCUGUUUAAGCUUUCUGUUUCUGUGCACAAGAGGACGAUGUUUAAAUGGAAGUGAGCAGCUGAUGGUAGAUAAGCUAUUCUAGCUCAUCUGAAACUUCCUGAAAGGCUAAACUUCAACACACAGCCCAGUGUUUGGUCGUCAUCCACUUAUAUAGGAUGACUGCACAAAAUUAAAAUGAACAUGCAGAUUCCUUUUGUUUAUUAUUUUGUAUUUCCUCAGUGCAAAUUCAUGACAUUCACAUUUCUUCAGUUCUUGUUCCUAUUGUAUUUUUUUCAUUUUCUUUAUAUAAAACAUAGUCCUUUAUUGCUCUGUGCAUGGCUGGAGAUGGGGGGAAUAAAUAAGAAGAAUAAGAGUAAAAGUUUUUAUUCUGUAAAGCAGUUUGUGUCACGUUUUGUAUGAA